CUUUUCACUAAAAUUUGAGCGUGGCGUAGUGAUAUCUUAUCAGAAUCCCUCGUCGCGUGUGAAUGGAGAUCAGCAUGUCAUAAUCCAAUUGCUUAUCCAUCGUUCAACUUGUAAAUCGUUUGCACGACGAGGUGACUGAGUGUUUUGAGCUCGAAGUGGUUUGAGGUUAUUCGUUCAGGUUUGAACUAAUUAUCUGAAGAAAAAUUAUCGCAAUUAGUAGGUACAGAACUCAGCAUGUUCUCUCACCUGUUGUUAUUCCACCUCGUAAAGUGUUCUCCUUUCUCGAUGUAAUGCAUGUCCGCGAGUGUUUUCUUCUUCAAAAAUCAUUGAGGCACCAUGGCAGCGACGACAGAUCAACCAUCAGCUAGUGUCGAUGGACUGGAAGAUGGCAAAUCAGUUGGGAACGCGCGAAACGACGGAGCGCACAAUUGUGGACGAUCCUCGCCCGAGUCCCUUGGCGGGCGUUCGUCUGAAGGAAGCCGGAUUCGGUGUUGGAAGCAAAUAGUGAAGGCUGACAGCAGGCUUGUCCAGAUUUUUUCAUCAAUCAUCUGCGGACUUCUUGGAUGGGGAAUCCUCUACACAUUAUUCCACAAUGAAGUGGCCCCUGGAGGUCAACUCUUCAGUCUGAUUUUUCUUUACCUACUGGCAAGUUAUGCUGGAUACCUAAUAAGCUUUUUGCGUUUGCCAGCCCUGCUAGGAAUGCUUCUCAUGGGGAUUUUGUUGCGUAACAUAGGAUUUUUUGAUGUUUCUGGUGUUUACAAAGAAAUCAUUAUUUCAUCAAGAGAAAUUGCAUUGACGGUGAUCCUCAUCAAAGCUGGAUUGGGACUGGAUCCAGUUGCAUUGAUGAAAUUGAAAUUUGUCGUUCUAAGAUUGGCACUAGUCCCUUGUAUUGGAGAAGCUGCAGCAAUUGCAGCUGCUGCUCAUUUCUUGCUUGGGUUUCCUUGGUUAUGGGGAAUUCUUCUCGGUUGCACCCAAAGUGCAGUAAGUCCUGCUGUUGUCGUACCAACUUUACUUAAUCUCGAUUCAAAAGGAUAUGGCACCAACAAAGGAAUUUCUACACUUAUUAUUGCUGCAUCCAGUAUAGACGACAUAUUCAGUAUUUCAGCGUUUGGUGUUUGUUUAGGAGCUCUUUUCACACAAGGAGACAUAACUAUGAGUGUUUUGAAAGGUCCCACUGAAGUGGGUCUCGGUUUGUUUGUCGGAAUAUUGUGGGGAGCAAUGGCAUAUGUGGUCCCGCACCCUGAUGAUAAAUAUGUCGUACUUAAAAGACUCAUAUUUGUUGGAGGUGGUGGACUAUUCAUGGUACUUGGAAGUCAAAUGAUUGGUUUCCCAGGAGCAGGUCCUCUAUCAUGUAUUUCAUCCGCAUUUGUUGCAAAUUUGUCCUGGAAGCAUCGAGGGUGGGACGAUGAAACGACUCCAGUCUCAACUAUCAUCUCUAAACUUUGGAAAAUCGUAGAGCCUCUGCUUUUUGCAUUGAUUGGAACUGAAAUCAACUUCCAAGUUAUCAAUCUAUCCCUGGUUGGCACAGGUCUACUAGUACUUUUUUCUGGACUCGUUAUAAGGGUCUUUUGCUGUAGUAUUGCCAUCUAUGGUGCCAAUCUAAACUCGAAAGAGACUCUAUUCGUCAACAUGGCUUGGUUGCCAAAAGCAACAGUUCAGGCGGCUUUGGCACCAGUUGCAAUGGAUAUGGUCCGCCAAGCACAAUAUGAAAAAGAUUCACCCCUCUAUGUGUACAGCUCACAAAUUCUUACAAUAGCAGUGAUUUCAAUCCUUGUUACUGCCCCCAUUGGCUCUGUUGGCAUUAAUAUUGGCGGUCCAAAAUUACUCACUAAAACCGAAACUCACACUGUCUCUGAGCGAGAUCCAUAAGAAAAGUGUGAGCGUUUUAAUCUUCCUGCAUCGCUAUGUGUUCGUAAAUAGCAUUUAUUUUUCAUCAUAGGUAAUUUAACCUGUAGACCAGCCUUAAACGAUAAUAAAAGUCAGAAUUUUCGUGUUUUUAUUAUCUGUGAUGUUAUAAAAGGAUCACGUCUAAAACAGGUCCAAAGCCAGCCGGGAUCGUUGUUCUAGAGACUUGGCACAUUCAAUCGGUUGGUAAUGCCCCAGAGCUUCCUGAAUGUUGAGCCCCCAAAAUUUUUGAGGAAACAUGGAGGGCUGUUAAAGUUCCAAAACGGAGAAAGGUUUGCGAAGUUAUCAUUCAAAAUACUCGAAAAAAUCGCAUAUAACAAUUACUAUUCUGGUUUCCACACACGCUUUCACCGUGAAGGACCAGAACUUGCAGGCGAUGUAUCUUAUAGUAUAGGGCUUUGUCUAAACUCGAAUAAUAGCUCCCGAUACUCUGAUAGACUGACAAACGAUCGACUGAAUUUUUUUCUUCGCCUAGGCCUAUUUCUAAUAAAGCUAGAUUUAGAUUUUGAUGAAAUGAGGAAUCGUAAAUUGAAGGAAACAAAAAAUUUUUGCGAAAAACCUCUACUCCCGUUCAGGACUUCCUCAACACCGGAAUAAUCGGUUCCAAAAACCCGAGUAAUUUUCCAGGGUCUCGGUUGUUAUAACUAAAGUUCUUUCAGAACAUGAAAUAUUUCUGAGGAGUCUUACCUUGCUGAGAACGUGUGUGCUAUAACUGCGUACUCCAGCGAUUUUUCUCUCUCCGGUUAAUAUUUAUUAACGAAAAUGCUGCUAAUUAGGCACUUGCUCUUCCAUCCCCAAAGCUGGGGGGGGGGGAGAGGUUCGGAACUUCGAAAAAGACGGGGCAUUACCUAAUGUUCGCAUGUACAAAGUCUCUAAAAAAAAUCCGCCACGGGCGGGUUUGGACCUGUAUUAUGCACGUGCUCAUUUUUUUUAUUUUAUGAUCAUGAAGAAGAAUUAGUUCCUAUUAAUUUGUAAAAUUUGUUUUGAUUUUCUUUUGCAACCGGAGAAUGUCUCCGGGUGCCAGCUCCAUUAUAUCAUAAGGAAAUGUACCUAGGUCCUCUAGCUUUUUGCAGGCUCCGGUUUCGAUCAAAGUUGACCAGAAUGGUCUAAGGGCGUUCCUAGAGAUUUUGCUGUUUAAUCACUUUUUUUGGAGACGUUAAAGUUCUUCAUUUGGUUUGAAUUGGAAAUCAACAACUUUGAUAUCCCACGCAGAUCUUUUACGAUAGUGUGAUGCCCUAUUACCUGCUAUAUACCUAAAGCAGCAUUUCCUUCCUGAUCAGGUCAAGUUCUGAUGGGCUGGGCACAUACCGAAGGAUACGGAAAAAUCAAAGUUAGAAAGUCAUUGUACGAGUAUAAAUUAUUUUGUACAUUAUACACUUGUAGUAUUUCUAUCAUAAAUACGUAUUUAUUCUUUGUUUCAAUUCAUGUCCAAAGACCCUCGAAAAAAGUAUUAUGACUUUCAUAGUA